CAUCAUUAGUUAGGUUAUGUCAAAAACGUCAUCUUAUAAUCUUUUCCACAUAAACUUUUUUCAUGUUAUUGCAGUUCAUGGGUUUAAUAUUAUGAUAUUCAAGAGAAUUUGAAUCAUACAAAUAGGAAUAUACACAAAAUUCAAAAAAAUGAGGUUUUGGAUAAUUAUUUUAUUAGUAGAAUUCUGCCAAAUUUGUAUAGCAACGGAAUUAACUUUCGAAUUACCCGAUAGUGCCAAAGAAUGUUUUCAUGAAGAAAUAAAAGCAAAUACAAGUUGUACAUUAGAAUACCAGGUUGUUACUGGUGGUCAAUAUGAUGUUGAUGUAGUUUUAGAAGAUCCUAAAGGAAAUGUGUUAUACAAGCAAGUUCGAAUGCAAUUUGAUACACAUACAUUCAUUGCUCAAGUGCAUGGUAUAUAUAAAGUAUGUUUCAGUAAUGAAUUUUCCACUUUCUCACAUAAACUUGUAUAUAUGGACUUCCAAGUAGGAGAUGAACAGCCUUUGCCUGGAAUUGGUGAUCAUGCAACUGUAUUAACUCAGAUGGAAUCUUCUACUCAAGAAAUACAUAAAGCUUUGAAUACAAUGUUAGACUACCAAACACACCAUAGGCUUAGAGAAGCACAAGGAAGAAAACGGGCAGAAGAAUUGAAUGAAAGAGUUUUGUGGUGGUCAAUUAUGGAAACAUUGGCAGUUUUAACAAUUGCUUUUGGGCAAGUUUUUGUUUUAAAGAACUUUUUCACUGAGAAGAAGCCUUAUGCACCAUAUAAAUAAAUUUGAACUGUGUACAGUAGUUUUCUUCAAAAUACUUCAUAGGAUAUCUUGUAAAUAUUUGUAAGGAAUUACAAAUACAAUAAAGUUUUUCUUGAAUAAAAAAAAAUCGUCGCGGACACGGACUCAGUUUUACUCAUUUUUCAGGGAAUCAAAAAAACAGUUUCUACCCUAGAAUAAUAAAGUGGUUUUUAUCUACAUAAUUAUUAUACUCCCUUAAAUUUCAUUAAUUUGCAGAAACAACAUAAAAAUACAUAUUUUUUUAUAAAAAACCACUUUAAUUUGUAAAAUUUAUAACAAUCAAAUGGUUAACACCAAUAUGUAAUUAGCUUGUAAGAAAAUAAUACAGACAUGGGUCUUAUAUAGAAUUAGAAGUUGUAGCCUUUUGGUCUUAAAGAGAGCUCCAAGUUUUUGUAAAGCUGUCUUAGCUAAUUCGACUACGUGACUAUACCAGGCUCCAACCUCGACAAUCAAUAAGCGAAUUUGUAAUGAUGGUAAUAUUUUAUGUCUAUAUUGGACCAAUGUUAGCUGCUUACAGUUUUUCCAAUAUUUGUUUUAAAAUUGAAUUAUUUGAGAAAGUUGUAUAAACAUCAAUGAACAAAAACAAUUUGCAAUAGCAAAAUUGGAUAUGGGAAGACAAUGUUGAUAAUUUCUUUAUAAUCAUCGUCGAGUUCAUAAAAUGUAAAUCCUAAAUUAUUUUACCAAAAUAAUUUGAAAAAGUGAGGUUCGAAUCCUCCGUUCCACGUUAAACUGAAGUUUAAUCUACCACCUGCGUAGUUAGUAAAGACAAUCUGUGACAUGCUAAGAAUUUUGAAGAUAUUGUAUUAUGAUACAUUUAGUAUAUUUCAUCUCGUUACGUUUAAAAUAUUAGUAUAGUUAGAACUUUUUUCAAGUUAUUGUUUAUGAUUUUGUCAAAUAUAUUAAUACAGUACGAAAGCGGAACAAAAUCAAAAAGAUUUUUCCCAGGAAGAAAGGGGAAAAUGGAUAAAUCACAUAAAUCAACUGAAAGUUAAAAAAACGUCACCAAAGGAAAGUUUUUCCUGAAUUAAGACUUCUCUAGGAUUUCAACUCAAUCGAAUCAUUAGUUUGGUAGAUAUGAUUUUUUGAAUAUUCGUAUGUUUCAUAUCGAUAUUUGUGCAUACGUAUUUCCGAUAGUGGUUGAGCCAGUAAAUUGUUGAUUUUUUUCAAGUUGACCUUUACCUUAAGUAAGACUUCUCUAGGAUUUCAACUCAAUCCAAUCAUUAGUUUGGUAGAUAUGUUUUUUUGAACAUGCGUAUAUUUUACCAUGAUAAGACAACAAGGUGUGCUAUUGCGCAUCAGCUGGGGAGCAUCCAAUGAGAAUCCGCUCCCAAAACGACGCUCCAAUUUGGGAGCGAAUUCUCAUUUGCUCUUGAGAGAUGCUCAGAACGAGUCGAAAAGAGCCUUCGGAAAGAGCACACCUUGUAGUCUUUACAUCAUAUAUUUUAUAUCGAUAUUUGUGAUACCUAUUUACAUGACCGGUUAAGGUAGCGACAUUUCGUUCUCACUGAAAAGCCUCGAAACUAUAUAAGCAUCAAUUAUAUGGAAAAUAAUCAAAAUUUUUUUCACACAUUAAAUAAAUAAAUUUCUAUAUUUUCUCUAUA